GGCAGUUGGGUCCUGGGGACUAGCACUUCCUUCCUGCGGGGGUGGUCUUGCUUCCAGGUAUUGGAGGAGAGAGGAGCUUGUUCAGCCCAGUCUGAAGUGGCAUGCUCUUCUUGGUUGAGCCCAAAGACACAGGCUUCUAAAGAAAGAGAGCAUAGAAAAAACAACAAUCCAGGGGGAAGAACUGCUUGUAUUAAAGGUGGCAUUUGAAGCCUGGGAAUGAUGCUAUCACUUGAAUAAGACCAAGUUCUCUACAGGAGCAUAGUUGGACCAUAAGAACAUGAUAUAAGUCCAACUUGCCAAAAAACUAAGCCAGUAACAUAUAAAUUCCUUUCAUCUGAAUCAGCCUUCUUGCAUUUAUCAACCAGGGAAAAGAAAGACAACUAUCCCUAACACUCUUCAGUUUCAAAGGAACAAGCAAGAAACAACGAACUCCUCAACUCCGAGGAGUACUUUGAUCUCCUUGGAAAAUGGGCACCAUGAAAACAAGAUGCUUCCUUUCUUGAGAAUUGUUUUUCUAUGUUCCUAUUUUUCUCCUUUUAAAACAAAGCUCUCAUCAGAAAAUGAGUAAAAGCUACAGAUGGAAAAAUCCUGAAAUAACUGUGCAUGAUGCAGGUGGGCUGAAAAACUUUUGGGAGAAAAAAAUUGAACAUCAUGCAAAGAAAGUACAAAAUGAAGACUCUCGAAUAAGCAAGAGUGCCCUGGAUAAGCUCCGCUGUGAAUGGGCUCAGAGACUGGAAAGAAGAAUCAAGAUGCUACAGCAGCCUGAGGAAGUAUCCAAGAAGUCAUCUCUAAUCCCUAUUGAAUCUUUCCCCCUUAUUGAUAAAACAGUAGCCUGAAGUUAUAACUAAAAUGACAAAAUAGGGAAAGUGUUGUUUCAUGGGGAAUGAAAGCCCCUUUAGGAAAUUCCUGUGGAGCAGCAAAAAAAUAAAGUAAAAAUGAAUCCCAAAUCAAAUGUUGGGCAGGAAUUAAAAGGGUAAUCUGAGAUGUAUAUGACAUGCAGGAAUAUGUUCAAUAUGGAAAUUGUCGCCAUGUUUCAUCAUUUCAUUCGGAUCACAGUAGAAUCCCUUCAGAAAACUGUUCAUUAGGAUGUAAAUCCUCAAACUUAAGUACUAAAAUUGAAAGAAGAUCAGGAUUGAAGUGUAGGAAACUUAGGUUCAAGUCUUUCAUCUGACACAAAUGGUUGUGUUACCUUCUAAUGCCCCCAGGUAAAUCUCGAAGAUUAGAAGAUCCCAUAUGAGUUUCUAAUUUAUAUCAGUGGAAGAAGUUUCAAAAUCAGAAGUUCUCCACACCCAUGAGCUCAGAGAAGCAAGACAGUCUUCUCCCUGACCCCAACUUGCUCCUACCCCUACGACAUCCCCACACACAGAUCUCACAGGUAUUUUAUAUGAUGCCAGAGUUGUAAAUUAUUACACUUUAUUUCUUAUUCUAUUCA